AUGAUUGAAGAAAGCACCUAUGAAAAACCACACAGUAAUUCUGAUGCUUUCAAGUUUGAUGAAUCUGAUAUUCCCGGAUCCUCGUCGUCUAUUUCCUCUGACUCACCGAUCUCCUCUUCAACUACAACUUCCAUAACAAGCCUUGAUAUCACUAAUGAAUCAAAGCUCACUCAUUCAACUAACUCAUCUGCUCCAAGCUCUGAGCCACGUAAGAAGAAACCGUACAAGGAGUUAACAUUAGAAGAGAAAGUCCAGCUCAUUCGACUGGCCGAAGAUAAUGCUGGAUUGAGUCAAGCCGCCAUCGCUGAGCGAUACAAAAUUGCAAAGAGCAAUGUUUGCCGAAUUUUACAACGAAAAUCGGAAUAUCUGACGGCAUAUGAGUCAGCUGGAUUUGCCGGUAAUCGUAAACGAAAGUUGAAAGCUGAAGAUGCCAAAACAUCUGCUAACGUCUCAUCAACAUCGUCUAGUAAUUCUCUAUUGGAUCAUCAAAUGACAUCGUCAUCAUCAAGUGGACUAUUAGUCCCAGCACCAUUUGACGGUAUGCUCUUUUCUAACUUCUACUUCAAUUCUACCUCAAACAUCUAG